UCGCCUAGUAGACUAGCAGAGACAGCCAGAUAUCUGACAAACUAGCAUUCGUUGGCUAGCUAGCUCCAGCUAGGAGUUAAAAUAACACACCGAUUAAAAGAUAAAAUAAACAUCUAACUACACUCGAUCUGACGUUUAUAACAAGGGUUUGUGUCUCCGUGUAAAACAGGAUGUCAACUCCAGCAAGACGACGUUUAAUGAGAGAUUUUAAACGCUUGCAAGAGGAUCCUCCAGCUGGAGUUAGUGGGGCCCCAUCAGAAAACAAUAUCAUGGUAUGGAACGCUGUCAUUUUUGGACCGGAGGGAACACCUUUUGAAGAUGGAACCUUCAAACUUACCAUUGAAUUCACAGAGGAAUAUCCAAAUAAACCUCCAACAGUGCGAUUUGUCUCCAAAAUGUUUCAUCCAAAUGUGUAUGCAGACGGCAGCAUAUGCUUAGAUAUACUUCAGAAUCGUUGGAGUCCAACAUAUGAUGUCUCUUCAAUCUUAACUUCAAUACAGUCUUUACUGGACGAGCCAAACCCAAACAGUCCAGCCAACAGCCAAGCAGCCCAGCUGUACCAGGAAAACAAGCGGGAGUACGAGAAGAGGGUUUCUGCUAUUGUUGAACAGAGUUGGCGUGACUGUUGACGCCUGUUACCGUUCGUGUAUGAACAGUGUCCGGCCCAGAAUCAAGAAAACACCGAUCAAGCAAAACAACCGAUCUCACAGAAUUAAAAACACACCUUAAAAAAAAAAAAUCCUUCUCAGUAUAUUUGUCCCAUCACUGUUGCUAAGUUUGUAUGCUGUUGUGUUGUGGCAUUCACUCCUGCCGAAUGCUAUUGUUGGGCAAUAGCGUAUGUUUGUUAAAAGUUAAUGUACCUUGUUAUAUCUGGGUUACUUGCCUCAUGCCCCCAACUCUUUUCUUUAAAAAAAAAAAAAAGGCAAUAGCCAGUCUCUCAGUUGUCACUACCUGUUUAUUUAUAAAUGAAGUAAACUGGUUGGAUAACAUAGUGACAGUUAAUUAGAUGUGCUUGCUGUGUGGUUUGCUGUGUAGAUACCGACCGGUCAUAUUUACAAGAAAACAAAGCCGCUCGUGGGUGUUAUUCCUUCUGUUUCAGUGGCCUCGCUCCUUUUUGUUUCUUUCUGUCUUUUGAAAGCCUUUCAGAGGGAUUGAACAUUAACCUGGCGUGGCCAUCCAUCCCUCUAACAAGUUGUCAACUCAACAGAUGCCUUUGGGGGUCGUUUUUCUCUCAACUGUUGUUGUAAAGCCAUGCCUUUGAUUUUAAAAACGUUCUAGAUAUUGGUGAAUAUAUAUAUAUAUACGUAUAUAUGUCCCUCUCUGACAGAGAAACAAGACAUUUGAACUUCGAGUUUCAUAAUGCUGACAUUUCAAGUCUGUGUGAGAACAUUUCUAUGCUAUUUUACAAUCUUACAUAUCAGCCGACAUAAUAGGCUGAUAAAACUGUUUAAAACAGGAUGGUGUCUGUUUUCAGAUUAUAAAACUUUGCACUGGUAACCCAUGUAACAAACUGUACAUUUUCUUGUAAAUAAAAUAAAUAUACAUCA